AUGGCGUCCGCUAUGCCCACUCUUAAAAUAUUCGGCAUCCACGUCACCCAUGGCGAGGCAGUGGGCCCACUCGACUCCUCCAUCUCCCCGGCGGCGGCCGCCACCGACGCCGGCAACGCCAGAAAAUACGAAUGCCAGUACUGCUGUCGCGAGUUUGUCAACUCCCAGGCUCUCGGAGGCCACCAGAACGCCCAUAAGAAGGAACGUCAACAGCUCAAACGCGCCGCCGCCGCCGCCGCAGCAGCGGCUGCAGCUGCUGCCGCCACCGCAGCCAACUGCAGUCCCCUUUCCCCGUCAUUCUACCCCCCUCUUCCUUCCGCCGCCGCCGUCGGCAAGUUGGUCUACCUAAUCCGACCAACCGCGCCACUCCACCUGUCGCACGGCUGCGCCAUCCGUACCGCUCCAUACACAUAUCCAUUCCUGUACGAUUCCGCGGUGGGUAACGGCGGCGAGAAACCCGUUAGCGGUGCUACUGCUGGGCCGCUAGUCGUCGCCGGCGGCGAUGAUGGCUGCGGGGUUGACUUGCAUCUAAGCCUCGGUACAGGCCGUUCACCGGCCUGA